UCCAUAUGACAUUUGAGGUUAUGUUAUGACAGAGUCGACAGAGUCGACAGAGUAAACAGAAAAUUCGAAAUUUUUGAAGAAAAUAAUAUGCAAUAUUAUUGUAUUGAUUUUUCAAUCAAAUGUAGAACAUUUACAACAAAAUUUUUAAUUCUAAAUAAUAUUUUACUAAGUGAAAGAGCUCUGAGUUACAGUUAGUCACCUGUCAAUUCUGUCAGACUGAAGUAGACGUUGGCAUGACCACCUGAAUAUUUAAUGAAUUUUUUCAUCUACUUGUCAUACACCCAUUUAAUAACAUACUGUUUAUUGUUACCUUCCAAUAGAAGAAAUUAAUUUAGUCCUUAAUUAAUUAUAUAUAUCAUAUGCAAAUGUUUCUGUAAAAUACUUUCAACUCAUUAAUGAAAAAUGGAAGUGAAACCGAAAAGCGAUCAGCUUUUGGCACUAAAAGUUAUGCGUUUGACGAGACCAACUCUUGCCAGUCCAAUUGUUGUCACUUGUGAUGCCACAGAUCUGCCUGGCAACACAUUAAACAAUGAAUUAAAAGAUAAUUGCACAACUAUUCAAGGAAUGGAAACUCUCGCCAUUGGUCAAUUUAUGGUUUUUCCUCAAAGUUUUGGAAAUAUAUAUUUAGGAGAAAUUUUUUCAUGUUAUCUAUGUGUACAUAAUGGUAGCAGUCAAUUGGUAACAAAUAUCACAGUAAAGGCGGAUCUUCAAACUAGUACACAAAUUAUUCCAUUAUCAAAUCAUAAGGAAGAAAUUAAAGAAUUACCUCCAAACAAAACAAUCGAUGAAGUCAUUCAUCAUGAAGUUAAAGAAAUCGGAACUCAUAUACUUGUAUGUGAAGUGACUUAUACACCAGAAAAUGCAAUUGGCCAAUCGCUAUCGUUUAGAAAGUUUUUCAAAUUUCAAGUUGUAAAACCCCUUGACGUAAAAACGAAAUUUUUUAAUGCUGAGUCUGAUGAAAUUUAUCUUGAAGCUCAGAUUCAAAAUUUAACGGCUGGACCGAUUUGCUUAGAAAAAGUUUCUCUUGAAUCUUCACAUUUAUUUACAGUAUCAUCGCAGACGACAAACGAAGAGAAUGAAUCUAUAUUCGGUAAAGUGAAUUUAUUGGAUUCGCAGUCUAGUCGACAGUAUCUUUAUUGUUUAAAACCACAACCGAGUUUAUUGAAGGAUCCAAAAAUGAUGCAUAAUGCAACGAAUAUCGGAAAAUUGGACAUCGUUUGGAGAAGCAAUUUAGGAGAAAGGGGUCGCCUUCAAACUAGUCAAUUGUCACGAAUGGCUCCUGACUACGGCGACCUUAGAGUAACUUUCAAAGACAUUCCUAAUGAUAAUCAACUCGAGGAUCCAAUUAAUUUUAAAUGUCAUAUCGUUAAUACUUCAGAAAGAAAUAUGGAUUUACAAAUAAAUUUACAAUCCAAUAGUUCUAUAGCUUGGUGUGGAAUUUCCGAUAAGUUGAUUGGCCCCCUCAAACCUGGAGAAUCAACCUACAUUCCUCUGUGCUUAAUUCCCUUAAAUGUGGGACUCAUUAACAUUUCGGGUUUACAACUAGUGGAUACAUUUUUGAAACGAGUCUACGAUUAUGACGAUGUAGCACAAAUUUUUGUAAAUCAAAUUCCCUCGAAUGAUGAAGAUGAUGAUAAUAAAAAUUCAUUGGAGUAAAUAAAGGUAUUUAUAAAUAUAAGAAGUUUUAUUGUAAAUAGACAGAAGAAAAUAUAAACUGAAGAAUAA